AUGGGCGUGGCACUCGGCGGCUGGCUUUUGUUGGAGCCGUUCAUCACCCCGUCGCUAUUCUUGGCUUUUAAUGAGACCUCUCGAAACUCCUCUGACAUCCCCACGGACGAGUACACAUAUUGCCAGCAGUUGGGGAGAGUCGAGGCCGCCAAAAGACUCGAAACCCAUUGGCUGGGCUUCUAUAACGAGUCGGAUUUCCGGGACAUCAAGUCGUAUGGCUUCAACAUGGUGCGCAUUCCUAUAGGCUACUGGGCGUUCGACAUGCUCGACGACGAUCCCUAUGUGAGCGGCGCCCAGGCGUACUUGGACUUGGCCAUCGACUGGGCCCACAAAUACGACUUGAAAGUGUGGAUCGAUUUGCACGGCGCGCCGGGUUCUCAGAAUGGCUUUGACAACUCGGGCCGUUUCUUGGACCAUGUUCCCGGCUGGCAGAACUCACUGACCAACAUCGAGCUCACGGAGCUGGUGCUUCGGCAAAUAUACGAGAAGUACGGCGGCGCGUCCUUUUCCGAGCGCUACAACGACACUAUCAUCGGGAUCGAGGUGCUCAAUGAACCCUUUGGGCCGAAGUUAUCGAUGGCGGACUUGGAACUGUUCUAUACCAACACGUAUCUUGACGCCCGGUUGCUCCAGGCCACCAACAACACCAUUGUGUUCCACGACGCGUUCCAGGCCCUGGGUUACUGGGAUGGGUUCUUGAACUCCACGGGCAACAUGCCGGGCCGGUUGCAAAACUACAACAUCUUGAUCGACCACCACCACUAUGAGAUUUUUUUUCCUGCGCAGCUUAGCAGCAACAUCUCCGAGCACAUUUCCAGUAUCCGGCACUUUGCCUCGGGCAUCUAUGACGAAAGACACGCACACCCUGCUGUUGUCGGCGAGUGGAGUGCGGCGCUCACCGACUGCACCCCAUGGCUCAACACCGUCGGCCGUGGUUCAAGAUGGGAAGGCACAGCUCCUUUCGAAAACGACCCCAUUAAUAUCACGUCUAUUGGCAACUGCUCGGACAUCAACAACUGGGCACUGUGGUCUGCCAAGCACAAGGAAAACACCCGCAAGUAUAUUGAGAUCCAGCUUGACCAGUACGAGUCCAAGCUGAACGGGUGGAUUUUUUGGACAUACAAGACGGAAACCACCAUAGAAUGGGAUUUCCGGCGUUUGGCUCAGUUUGGCCUUUUCCCACAGCCGUUCUCGGACAGGCAGUACAUUGUGAAUGGCACAGACACCAAACCUGAAACCAGCGGGGGGCCUAUUUUCUAG